CAGUGCUGUCAAGCGGAAAAGGCGGAGUCUGCUGUUGGGAGUUGGCUGAUAAGGAAGCGGAGUAGCUCGGUGUCAAAACCCGAACCUGGACCCGAACCCAGCGGAGCUGACACCCAAAACAGAACCGAGACGUUCACAGAAUUAGACCUGACCCGACAGAGAGAAGUGUUAACCCGGUUAAAGUGUUUAAAGAGCGGUAGAAACAGUGUUAGCUCAGCUGCUAACUGCAAUAGCUGCUGCUAAUAGGGAAGUGAAGAAGAACGAGACAGGUGCGCAAGAUCCGCAGGUGUGUUUCAGCCGAGACUCCGAGACCGUAGAAGAUCAAGAUGAGUGGGGGAGCGAACAGCAUUGAGGCAGUGAAGAAGAAGAUCAAAGUUCUCCAAGAUCAGGCAGAGGAGGCUGACGAGAGAGCAGAGAGGCUGCAGAGGCAGGUGGAGGAAGAGAAGCGGAUCAGGGAACAGGCGGAGGCCGAGGUGUCUGCUCUCAAUCGUCGUCUGCAGCUCAGUGAGGAUGAUUUAGAUCGAGCUCAGGAGAGACUGGCCACAGCUCUGCACAAACUGGACGAAGUGGAGAAGGCAGCAGACGAGAGCGAGAGAGGCAUGAAGGUGAUUGAGAACAGAGCUCUGAAGGAUGAGGAGAAGAUGGAGCUGUUGGAAGUGCAGCUCAGAGAAGCCAAACUCAUUGCCGAGGAGGCUGACCGCAAGUACGAGGAGGUGGCCCGUAAACUGGUCAUGGUGGAAGGAGAACUUGAACGAGCAGAAGACAGAGCUGAGCGGGCCGAAAAUAAGGUUCGGAGGUUGGAGGAACAGCUGCGGAGUUUCGACCAAUCCCUGAAGAGCCUGCAGGCAUCUGAGGACAAGUACUCUCGGAAAGAAGACAGGUACGAGGAGGAGAUUAAAAACCUGAGCAGCAAACUGAGGGAGGCCGAGUUCAGAGCUGAGGCUGCAGAGAGUACAGUGGCCAAACUGGAGAAAUCCAUCGAUAGUCUUGAAGAUGACUUGACUUCAGCCCGUGAAGCCAAUGUGAAGCUCCAAGCCACUCUGAGCGAAACUCUGGAGGAACUCAACUCCUGCUGAGCCCUGACUGUUAAAUUCCCCCCACCAACCACUAACCCCACCCAAUGAGCACGCUAACCCCUCCCCUUGCUUUUCCCGGCGCUCUAUGUCAGGGACAGUGGCCAAUCCCCUUCACUCCUCACCUUUACUUCUGUUGUUGUGGAGGUCAGAGUUCAUGUCCAACUCUGCGACCCCCUUGGUUGAACAUUCCCAUCACGUGACCAUGAGUCUUUCCCCUCUGACGGUGCCAACUCCCCCUCAAUAAUAGGAGAGGGGCAUGAUGAGAGGAUUUACCUUAAAUUUAUCUUUACUUAAAAAUAUGUUUAUCGAUAGUUUCACUCUCAUUCAUUCCCUUGUUCAUUAACAACUCAUGAAGGACCAGUUACUCUGAGUGUUUGUCUUAACAUGUGUCUGCGUCUGAUUAGUUUUAUUUGACACAUUAACCUUUGAGUAGAGCCAAAUAUACAAACAUCAAUAUAUUCUAUUGUCUAUGUUAGUGCCCUCUGGGGGCGUGGCUAAAGGGACCGAUCAGCCAAUUAUUAUGAGGCAUUCCACUGCCAUAUAUGGAAUAUGGAAUACCAGGGGCCAAUCAGAGGUCAGACCCCCCCACCCCCCCCAUCCCAAACCCAGUGUCGGUGACCUUUGACCUGAUGAGAUGAAUAAAGUUUAGAAGUGUUUUUAUCUGAAAGGAAGUGAUUUCACCUCAUUGUAAUAAUCAUGGCUGGUUUUAUAAAUAAAAGCACCGUCACUGCAACAGAA